CUUUUAUCCUCUGGAGGCCCAACUCUUGCACACAGACACACACUCGCACCUGUUAUCGACUACACAUUCCUUACGCAGUCGGAACCCUAAUCUCUCUUCACCAUCAAUGGCGGCCGUCGGUUACGACUACGAAGAUGGAUUACAGUCCUCCGUCGAUGGUGGCAUACCCUACGACCCUUCCUUCGUUCCGGACCCCGUAAAAUCAUUCGUCGUUCACCUCUACCGUCAUAUCCGGGAGAAAAAUGUCUAUGAGAUCCACCAGAUGUACGAAACAUCAUUCCAUACGCUAAGCGACCGUAUGUUCAAGGAUACUCCUUGGCCUUCCGUUGAAGCCGUUGCUCAGUACGUGGAUAACGACCAUGUGUUCUGCUUGCUAUACCGCGAGAUGUGGUAUCGCCACCUUUAUGCUAGGUUAUCCCCGACUCUCAAGCAGAGGAUUGAUUCUUGGGAUAAUUACUGCAGUCUCUUUCAGGUGGUGUUGCAUGGCGUUGUGAAUAUGCAGUUGCCCAACCAGUGGUUGUGGGACAUGGUGGAUGAGUUCGUGUAUCAGUUUCAGUCGUUCUGUCAGUAUCGGGCUAAAAUGAAAAACAAAACUGAGCAGGAAAUUGCUCUAUUAAGGCAACAUGAUCAGGCCUGGAAUGUGUAUGGCGUUCUUAACUUUUUGCAAGCAUUGAUGGAGAAGUCUUCGAUCAUUCAGAUUCUAGAGCAGGAAAAAGAAGGCCUUGAACAGUUCACAGCCACAGAUGGAUAUGAUUAUAGUGGUGGAAGUAAUGUCUUGAAGGUCUUGGGUUACUUCAGCAUGGUUGGUUUGCUAAGAGUCCAUUGUUUAUUGGGAGAUUAUCAAACUGGCCUGAAGUGCUUACUUCCUAUUGACAUAAGUCAACAAGGAGUUUACACCAGUGUUAUUGGCAGUCACAUCACUACCAUCUAUCAUUAUGGGUUUGCCAAUCUUAUGUUGCGGAGGUAUGUAGAGGCCAUUCGCGAGUUCAACAAAAUUCUUUUGUACAUUUACAAGACUAAACAGUAUCACCAGAAAUCGCCACAGUAUGAGCAAAUACUAAAGAAGAAUGAACAGAUGUAUGCUCUGCUAACAAUCUGCCUAUCUCUUUGUCCCCAAGUGAAACUUGUUGAUGAAACUGUGAACUCUCAACUAAGGGAGAAAUAUGGUGAAAAAAUGUUGAGAAUGCAACGAUAUGACGAUGAAUCAUUUGCGCUUUAUGAUGAGCUUUUCUCAUAUGCAUGCCCCAAAUUUAUCACACCUUCUGCACCUAGCUAUGAAGAGCCACUUGUAAACUAUAACCAGGAUGCAUAUAGGCUUCAGUUAAAGCUUUUCCUUUACGAGGUAAAGCAGCAGCAACAACUGUCAGUUGUGAGGACCUUCUUGAAAGUUUAUUCAACUAUUUCUCUUGAGAAGCUUGCAACGUACAUGGAAGUGGAUGAAUCCACUUUAAGGACAAUCUUGAUGACAUACAAGCACAAAACACAUUCUGUUGGCGCUGAUGGAAAAACCAUAUCUAAUGCUGAUAUCGAUUUCUACAUUGAUGAUGACUUAAUUCGUGUGGUUGAAUCCAAGACACCCAAACAAUAUGGCGAUUACUUUUUGCGUCAAAUUGUUAAGCUUGAAGCAGUGAUUGGUGAUAUGGACAGAAUAAAGCUGGAAUGAGACACUGUUCCUCUCCUUGAGCAUAUUUUGUUUUCAACAUUCGGGUUCAUUUUUUAAUGUUAGUAGGUAAUAUUGCGUGUGAUGGAUAUUGUUUUGAUAGGAAGAAGGGGGCCAAAAAUAGUAGUAGUUAUUGAAAUGUGAUUGUCUCUUUUGGCUGCCUACGCCUAGAAUGGAUCUUGUAUGCGAACAUUUAUAUUAUAUGUAGCCUCUUUGUUUUUUCUCA